AUGCAUUCGGUGCCUUCUAAGGAUCCGGUGUUGUUCACGCACCCUUUCGUGUCCUCUUUCUAUGGCGGAUCAUCUUCUAAUCGUCUGAAACAUCUUCAGAAAAGUGAUCGGCGCGCUAAUAUUUCAGAGGAUUCUUGGGUAUACAAGAUCUUUUCUUCAACUUUUAACUCUUAUAGACGGAUAGCUGUCCCACAAAAUAUGUCAUCUUCUCAAGAUAUAAGCAGCCUUGAUGAGUCAUCAACAGAUCCACCUGACUCAGCUUGUUAUGAUUCAGGAUUUCUUUCUAUGAACGAUCUUAAAAACUGUUUGAACGAGUUUGAGAUAACAACUCGUGCCUUCACUCCAUCUCCUGAGGAGAAUGAUAUAGGCAAUGUGGAGAAGGAAGUUGAACAUAAUCAAUCUCAUGGGAGCAAAUGGGACAGUUUAGCUUCUGAGAAACACUUCAGCAAGUGUUCCACAUUUCCAGGUCCUGCAUCACCUGACGAGCUUAAAAAAUGCACUGCUGAAGAAUUGUUGGAUGGGAAAGAGAAGCAGGGUAGUGAUAUAACCGCUGAAGUCUCAGCAUUGAAUGGCGAUGCCAAAUCUGCUAAUCACUCAUAUUCACGUUGCAUAUCCUUGCCUACUCCUAUGGAGCUUGUAUCUGCCAUGAAAGGUAGCCGUGAAAAGCAGGGAAUACUGCCUAAGAAGCUUUCAGUGACGUGGGCCCCUGAGGUGUAUGAUCCAGUUCCUUCAGCAGUGUCGCACGUGGUAUCAAGUAAGAACCAUCGCCAUCGCAGUGAUAGCAGGAAGUACGGGAAGACCAAACAGAAGGGCGGUGGCAAAUCUUCUCGAGGCAGCAAGGGCAAAGACAAGAAGCAAGCUCGGAAGAAUGUUGGAAGUGCUAGUAGCAGGUCUUUCAAGUCAUUGGAUGAUCAUCACAUAGUGCAUGGUUUUGAUGAGCCUCUUGCUGGUAUUGAAAAUUUUGAUGUUGGCAGCCCAGUUGCAUUCUGUGGAAGUAGUUUUCUUAAAAGUUCUGUUACCAACUUGCACUAUCCAGUCACAGAGGCUACAUGA